UUUCAUUCUCUUCUUCCUCUUGGCAGUGUAGCUCAUUGGUUUUAGUUUUGUAAAUUUAGCAUCUCGUCUUGUCUUCAUCUAAUAAACCAUGGAAUCAAAAAGAGCUCUCACAACCAUUUGUAUUCUCCUUUGUCUCUUUCUCUCGGCCAGCUUCUUCACUCAAUCUGUAGAUGCAAGAAAACAUGUGGGAUUUGUGAGAGAUUCAAAGCAUAAGCCAAAGAAGCUGAACAUCAAUGCAGUAAAGCACACAUCAUUGCUAGAGAAAAUGAUGACACAACUCAAUCUAGCUCAGCCUUUGGAUUACUCAACAACAUCCUCCAACACUCAACUACCUUAUGGUGUUAGCUCACCUCUCACCCUACCUCCCUACGUUUCACUUCCCCCACUUUCAGUUCCCGAAGAUGCCCCUCCUUUUUGCGUUAAUCCGCCAAAUACCCCUUUAAACUCACCUCCUUCCUCCUCCUCCUAUCCUGGUCUUAGCCCACCUCCCAGCCCAAUCAGUCUACCUAACCCACCUGAAUCAUCAUCUAACCCUAACUCGAAUCCAAACCCACCCGAUUCCACUUCUAACCCGAACCCACCCGAAUCAUCCUCUAAUCCGAUCCCACCUGUUACCGUCCCUAACCCACCCGAAUCAUCGUCUAAUCCGAAUCCACCUGAAUCAUCUUCUAACCCAAACCCACCCAUUACCGUCCCAUACCCGCCUGAAUCUUCCAAUUCAAACCCGCCAAAAACAAUUCCUAGCCCUCCUGAACCCGGUUACACACCAAGCCCAUCAGGGCCUAUUUCAGGUCCACCUUACAACGAACCAGGCCCAUCGACUCCGACUGACACUCCUUCACCGUACGGUGAUAUUCCAUCCCCGACCGGAUCAAUUCCGAGUCCAUCAUCGGGGUUUUUACCUCCGAUUGUCUAUCCCCCGCCUAUGGUACCACCACCACCUAGCGUGACUCCGACCUCGGCUUACUGGUGCGUGGCUAAGCCCACAGUGCCUGACCCAAUUAUUCAAGAAGCCAUGAAUUUUGCUUGUGGGUCAGGAGCUGAUUGCCAUUCAAUUCAGCCCAGCGGGCCUUGCUUUAAACCCAACACAUUGUGGGCCCAUGCUUCAUUCGCAUUCAAUAGCUAUUGGCAGCGGACGAAAAGUGCCGGUGGCUCGUGCACGUUCGGCGGCACUGGCAUUCUUGUCACCGUCGACCCAAGCUAUAAUGGAUGCCAUUUUGAUUUCUUCUGAUGCAUGAAGACGAAGACGUCCCACGCUUUUUUUAAAUAUUUUAUUUGAUACGAAUAAUAUCAAAUAAUUUUGGUAUAUAAUAUGUUAGGUGGGUCUUUUUCACUUGUAAGUUGUAACCCAUUAAAGUUUUAUAAAUACUAGUACUAAU